GCUACUGCAGCGGUGGUUGUGGUUCCCCUCGCUCAGUCCCUCAGCGCCCCGACCCGUGUCAGAGCCGGUCCGAAGGGCGGCUCCGUAGAUGGCCAGCUUUCCCCCGAGUGUCAACGAGAAGCUCAUCGCAAGAUCACGUCCUAUAGGAGAACUCUUAGCCCCAACAUCUCCUUUUGAUAAGAAGUGUGGACGUGAAAACUGGACUGUUGCUUUUGCACCUGAUGGAUCUUACUUUGCUUGGUCACAAGGACAUCGCAUAGUAAAGCUUGUUCCCUGGACUCAGUGCUUUAAUAACUUUUUGUUACAUGGCACAAAGAAUGUUCCAAAUUCAGUCAAUUCAAGACUUUCAAGACAAAACAGUGACAGUGGCCAAAAAAAUAAGCCUUGUGAGCAUAUAAUUGACUGUGGUGAUAUAGUCUGGAGUCUUGCUUUUGGGUCUUCAGUGCCUGAAAAACAGAGUCGCUGUGUGAAUAUAGAAUGGCAUCGAUUCAAAUUUGGACAAGAUCAGCUUCUGCUUGCAACUGGCUUAAACAAUGGGCGCAUCAAAAUAUGGGAUGCAUACACAGGAAAACUCCUCCUUAACCUGAUGGAUCAUACUGAAGUGGUCAGAGAUUUAACGUUUGCCCCAGAUGGCAGUCUCAUAUUAGUGUCUGCAUCAAGAGAUAAAACACUAAGAGUGUGGGACCUGAAAGAUGAUGGAAAUAUGAUGAAAGUAUUAAGAGGGCACCAGAAUUGGGUGUAUGGCUGUGCUUUUUCUCCAGACUCUUCCAUUCUUUGUUCAGUUGGAGCCAGUAAAGCAGUUUUUCUUUGGGAUAUGGAUAAAUACACCAUGAUUCGGAAACUAGAAGGCCAUCACAACGAUGUUGUAGCUUGUGAGUUUUCCCCUGAUGGAGCUUUACUGGCUACUGCAUCUUAUGAUACUCGAGUUUAUGUCUGGGAUCCCCAUAUUGGAGUUAUUCUAAUGGAAUUUGGGCAUCUGUUUCCCGCUCCUACUCCAAUAUUUGCUGGGGGAGCAAAUGACAGAUGGGUGAGAUCUGUUUCUUUUAGUCAUGAUGGACUGCAUAUUGCAAGCCUUGCUGAUGAUAAAAUGGUGAGGUUCUGGAGUAUUGAAGAAGAUUAUCCUGUGCAAGUUGCACCUUUGAGCAAUGGGCUUUGCUGUGCCUUUUCUACUGAUGGCAGUGUUCUAGCUGCUGGAACACAUGAUGGAAGCGUGUACUUCUGGGCAACUCCAAAGCAUGUGUCUAGUCUUCAACACUUGUGUCGCAUGGCUAUAAGAAGAGUGAUGCCUACUAGCCAAGUCAGGAAUUUGCCUGUCCCUUCCAAAGUGGUGGAGUUUCUUUCCUACCAGAUUUAAAUCCCUUGCAUGUGACCAGUCUGCUCAAACUGGUAAAAGUACAGUUUUAAAGAAACCUCAAGCUUUACGAGCCUUCGAGCUUCAAACUCUACACAUGUUCAAGAUCUAUUUAAAUUUGAUACAUCUAAAAAAUUUGUUCUGAAUUGACAUUGGUGUUUUUAAUAUUAUUUAUCGAAAAAUACAAUAGAAGUAUUUCUGAAGUUCUCAAGACAAUUUUUUUAAAAUUUAACUGUGAAAACAUGUACAUAUGUAGAUGUAAGCAGCUGUGUUAUCAGUGGACCUUUUAAUAUUUUUUUUUGAUCUAGUGUAUAUCGUGUAUAUAUUGCUUCUGUAGAGACAUCAGAUGUACCAGUGCUGUAAAGCAGAAGGAUAGCUAUUAUUCUGGGACACUGAGUUGGACAAAUAUUGAUUUAAAGAAGCUUAACUGCUUUAAAUGUAUGUACAUUAGUUGGGGAUCAGGACACUGAUCCGCAGAUGCGAAAUUGUUAGCUAAUUUUGUGGGGAGGUACCGCUUAGUUUUUGUUAGCUAAUUUUGUUGGGAGGUACCGCUUAGUUUUCAUUAGUGCUGAUGUGUGGUUAUGGGAAAUAGGUUGAGUUGAAAGAUGGAGUAGAUAGAAUGCAAGUCCUGGAACAUCACUUCAGUUAGCAAACAUGUUUAUCUUUUAAAGCAGGCCUUAAUUUUUGCAGCAACAAAAAGGAUAGAUUUAAAUUGUAGGUGGUGGUGAAGAAAAAAAUCCUUAAAAUUUUGAAAUCUAACUACUGUAUUGUUGCCUGGCGUAUUAUCUGAAACAUAUGAUGUUUACAGACUUCGAUUGUUCUAUGACCCUGUAAUAUCUCUUGAGGGGGUGAUACUGGUUAACUGCCAAAGAUAAGCAAAAUGUUUGCUUCUGCCUUCUGUUAUUUAUCUGUACCUGCAGAUACAAAGAAUGUAUGCAUUGCAUAAAAUGCUUAAUUAUAUAUAUUUUUUGUUCUUUUUAUUAAAGACUUAUACAAAAA